CUGUCUUCCCUUUUGAAAUUCUCAUACUUCGCCGCCAAAAACAAACAUCUCACUCAAAUUUCCCCAAAAUGGACCCACUCUCCUCUUCUCAAACCGCCGCCGACGAGUGGGAUCUCUGUAACGACGACGGCUUCAUUUACAAACGCCAGAAACGCCGCCUCGUUCUCAACGAACCAGCUCCGGUGCCGGCGGAUCCCAAGGAGGAGGAGACGCGAAAGAGAGAGUGGAAGAGGAAAAACCUUCUCAGGGUGAAGGAAAAGUACAAGAAAGAGAUCGAGGAGUGGGAGAUUUUGUCGGAAACUUUGAAGGAAAUGCAAGAUAAGGCUUUAGGGUUUCAAAUCCAACAGCAAGAAAGAAUGAAAUUGAGAGAGACAGAAGAAAAGCAGAGAACGGCGUCGUCUUCAGGGUCGGAGAAGAAGGAUAACGCUUCUGCGUCUUUGGUUGAUGAGCUUCUUUCGCAGGUAGAAGCACAAGAAAUGAUAAUCCGUGAUGUUUCCAAUCUGUGUGACAUAGCCGAAGCAAUGUGUAAUGCGCAAGAGGAGCGAUUGAAGCAAACCUAUUUUGAUCUUCCAAUUUGGGCAUCGCCCCAUGACCUAAUUGUAUCACUCUGUGACGUGUAAGUAUGUUCUAAGAUGGAUGUUCUUGGUGAUUACAAGGCACAAAAUUGAACAUUGCUAAUGUAAUUUAUGUAUACCUUGUAGAUGAUAAAUGGUAGUGCUCUAGAAAAGCUUCAUUAUAACUAUGUUUUACUCGGAUUUAGGUGUGAGUGUCUGAUAUAAGUAUGGGCUCGAUUCGAGUAUGAUCAU